AAAGGAUUUAAGCAUUAAAUAAAUAUCAAAAAUGGCUGGUGGUAAAGCUGGAAAAGAUUCAGGAAAGGCUAAAGCCAAGGCAGUUUCCCGUUCUGCACGUGCUGGUUUGCAGUUCCCCGUUGGACGUAUUCAUCGACAUUUAAAAAAUCGCACUACUAGCCAUGGACGUGUUGGAGCUACUGCUGCUGUCUAUUCCGCUGCUAUCUUGGAAUAUUUGACUGCUGAGGUCCUCGAAUUGGCAGGAAAUGCAUCAAAAGAUUUGAAAGUCAAACGUAUCACACCACGUCAUCUUCAAUUAGCCAUCCGUGGAGAUGAAGAACUCGAUUCCUUGAUCAAGGCAACUAUUGCUGGUGGUGGUGUUAUUCCACACAUCCAUAAGUCGCUCAUUGGCAAGAAAGGAGGUCCUGAAUAAUAAUACGUAGCUGCAUAAAUGACGCCUUUUUUUACUACUAUUCAUUUAUAAUUUGAAUAUGCAACCACCAAAACAAUAGAUGAUAUCCUAAAUCCAACAACUUUAUCA